GUGUGUCGUAUGCCAGUUGUGCUGCUACUUUUCUUUCAAGUAGUUGCGGGCAUAGCACUCUUCAUAUUUCUAUUACAUUAUUUAAGUUACAUUUUUAAUGCCAUCAUACGCGAUUUCUGUGAAACUCUAUUAACAACCAAAGAAUUUCUACAACAAUUGCAAGAAGCAUACGGUGCUGCCGACAACGACGAUCCACAGACCAGCGUCAACAGGAAUUUCACCAAAAUUCCAAUUAAAGUUCAGAAAAUGCAACAAACAUCAGAUGAUGCUAAAUUUAUUAAAAGUGAGCAAUAAUAAAAGCACCACCAACAACAACCACCUAUCUGGCAACACACCUCCUUUUAGUAAAUACUCGUACAAUGCAUACACAACAAAAACAACAACAAAUACAAAACAAGUGCUUACUCAUACACUAACGGGAAAAACACUCUCUCAAACACACACAAAAUCAUUUUAGUAUAAAACCUAACGGUAUAUUAUUGUAUUUUCCAUUUUAUCCAUGUGUGAUUAAUAAAAGAUAAAGAAAAUUUCUUAAAGAACCUCUAAGACGAAAAAAAAAUCAAAUAAAUUUGCAAAAUUUUCGUUUUUAAAAUUGACGUAAACAAAUUAUAAAAAUAACAAAAACAAUAAAACAAAAUUAUUAUAAAAGAAAAUUAUAAAUUCUAACGAAAAUAAAAAGAAAAUACGAAAAAGUGUUUAAAAAUUUUUGUUUAGUGAUUUUUGGUUUUCUGUUUUCUUCUGUUGCCAUUUAUUAAUCUCCCUUUAAUUUCAACACAAAAAAAAAAAUUGUCAUCUUUUAAAGAAAAAUAUAAAUUUCUUUUUUAUUUAUUUGAAAAAAAAAUAAUUGCUACCUCCUGUGAAACGUUUUAUAAAUAAAAAAAAAAAUGCUAAAAAAUAAAACAAACGCGAAAUUAAUGCAAAAAAUUAACACAACGAAACCAAAACCUAAUGCAAACUCAAACCUAAACAGACGUUGGAAAGGUGGCAGUAUUGAACCUCAUCCCACUGAUAAAGCCUUAAUUGUCAACUACCAGCUGGAGGCUACAGUGUUUGGUGAACCCAAUAAUCCUAUGCUGGAAGAGAAAAAGAACUGUCAGAAAAUAAUACGUUUACGUUCUUUAAACGCAAAAACAGAUCCCGCAGCACUUGCACGUGAAGUCGUGGACAAAUGUGAUUUAAUACACAAAUCCCAGUUGGCCGAUGUAGAGCAAAUAAUAUUUUAUUUGAAAAAUCGUAAAGAUAAUGCUGGUAUAGAUACACACGACAACAAUAUGGGUCAUCAUCGUUCGGCUAUUGCCACACACCGAACCUCGGCAAGACCUCAUACCACCAUGAGUUCUAGCAUGUCAUCUUCAACACAUUCAAAAUCAUCAGAUUCCUCGGAUGUUUCCAUUAAUCAUAUAGACGAAUAUGUUGAGUUGUUGUAUGAAGAUCUAAGCGAACGCAUACGAGGUUCGGCUAUGAUCCUACAAGUAGCACGUAAUCCUGAUAAUUUAGAAGAAUUAGAAAAAAAUGAAUCUUGUUUAAGUGCUUUGUCGCGUGUAUUGCGUGAAGAUUGGCGCAAAAGUUUAGAUUUAUCUACAAAUAUUAUUUAUAUAUUCUUUUGUUUCUCCACCUAUACGAAAUUUCAUUCAGUUAUAGUUCAAUAUAAGAUUGGUUCUUUAUGUAUGGAUGUUAUCGAUUACGAAUUACGUCGUUACGAGAGUAUGCGUAAUGAAUUGGAUAUUCGUAAAAAUCCUGGUGGUUCGGCUCCUCUAUCGGCUAAGGCAAGCAAGGAGAAAUUAAACAACAGCACUGAUGAUUUUCUAGAUCUCAUGAAUGAAGAAAAACCCAAAGAGAUGGAGCCACCUCGACGUCGUAUACCCGAAUUGAAACAACGCCCCAAAUCGGGUAAUUGGUCUAGUUUUCACAGUUCCAUGUCUUCAUCGCUUAUAAAAAGUCAAAUACUAAACAGCAGCUAUCAUGAAGCUCUCUCGGCGGGAGCUCAAACACCCGACUCAGGUAUCUCGACCAAUGGUGACAUGAAAGCCACCAGCAAUGAGGCUCUCGAUCGUAAUGAUCCGAAAACUAAAAAGGAAGAAAUCGAUCGUCUGAAUAAGCAGCUAAAACUUUUUGCUAAAAAACAAGAACAACUUUUAAGGGUUGCCUUCUAUUUGCUACUGAAUAUGGCUGAAAAUGUCAAACUAGAAGAGAAAAUGCGUCGCAAAAAUAUUGUCAAAAUGUUGGUUAAAGCUUUAGAUCGUCAAAAUAUUGAUCUCCUAAUGCUGGUUACCACAUUUUUGAAAAAGUUGUCCAUAGUGGGUGACAACAAGGACGAUAUGAGCGAACUGAAUAUAGUGUCAAAAUUACCCCGACUCUUCCAAAGUGGUCAUACCGAUCUGGUGCAAGUUACCCUAAAAUUGGUGUUCAAUUUGUCAUUUGAUGGUCAGUUAAGAAGGAAAAUGAUAGUGGCUGGUUACUUGCCCAUGUUGGUUAUGUUUAUCAAUGAUGAAAAACAUCAUGGCAUAGUGGUAAAGAUAUUAUAUCACAUGAGUUUGGAUGAUAAGGUUAAAGCCAUGUUUACCCAUACCGAAUGCGUACAAAUGGCCACGGAUGCUAUUAUUUUAAAUCUCAAUUCUAAAGUUGAUUUGGAUCUAAUCGCUCUCUGCAUUAAUCUUUCGCUUAAUCGUCGUAAUGCUCAAAUUAUGGUCGAAGGCAAUCGUUUGCACAGUCUCAUGGAUCGUGCUUUCAAAUAUCAAGAUUCCCUACUUAUGAAACUAUUGCGCAAUCUCUCGCAGCAUGAAUCCCUUCAGCCCCUAUUUAUCGAUUAUGUAGGGGAUUUGGCACGCAUUCUUACCAUUUGCGACGAUGAGUCUUUCAUGGUGGAAUGCUUGGGCAUAUUGGGCAAUUUGUCGCUGGCCGAUUUAGACUAUUCACAGAUUUUACAAAAUUUCCAAUUGAUACCCUGGAUAAGAAAUAUCUUAAUACCCAGUGCAAAGUUAGAUGAUCUCGUUUUGGAUACUAUUGUAUAUUUGGGCACUUGUGCCCAUGAUGAAUUAUGCGCCUUACUGUUUUGUCGCGCCAAUGUAGUGCUUUCUUUAAUCGAACUGCUGAAGGCCAAACAGGAGGAUGAUGAGAUUGUUUUACAAAUUAUUUUCGUAUUCCAACAGAUUUUGAGACAUGAAAGUACACGCGAGUAUAUGAUUAAGGAGACAGAAUCACCGGCGUAUCUUAUAGAUUUGAUGCAUGAUAAAAAUGCCGAGAUACGUAAAGUUUGUGAUUAUUGUUUGGACAUUAUAGCUAUUAGCGAUACCGAAUGGGCGAAACGUAUUAAGUUGGAAAAAUUCCGUAAUCACAACUCGCAAUGGUUGUGUAUGGUGGAGUCACAACAGCACGAAGACAAUAACGAAAGCUAUAAUGAUGAAGAAGACGAAGAACACGAUUUGGACAACUAUUUACGUGGUGAAUAUCUGGACAAUUGUGAUCUAUAUAAUACAAAUCAACAAAAUAAAGAAAGCGAAGAUAAUGACAGUAACAAUAGUAAUAAUCCAGCUAGUCCCGCCAAUUCAACCUACAGUCGUCCAGUGAGCAGUUUUAGACGCAGUCAAGAUCUUGAUGAUAUUUACAACAUGACAUUUAGUAGCAAAUCUCAAAACUCCAGCCAGGGAGACUCUAAUUAUAUGUUUAAAUCGAAUAAGUCUUUGGAUUCCGAAGGCUUGCAUGAAGAGCUUUUAUUGGCUUAAGAAGAAAUUAAAAAAAAAAAAAGAAAAAAGAAUUCAUAAGAAAAUUGUGCUUAAAUUACAGUUGAAAGCAAAUAGCGGAAGGCAUUUAAUUAAAUAUGUAGUUGUUCUUUUUUUGAUUUAUUUUAAUUUGGGAAAAACCAACCAUGUUUUGCAUUUUUUUAAAGAAAUUAUAAACAAAAUAUUAAUUAAGUUAUUGUGCUGAUGAUGUUCUUUUAAUUAGCUUUCAGUAAACUCUAUGGCGAAUUAAUAAUAAAUAAAAAGGCCAAAUAUUUGUAGAAAUUUCUUUGCUUAGCGCACAUAAAUUACAUAGUAGUAUAUAAACGAUUGUUUUUUAUUUUAUUUUUAUAGUUUUAAUUUAAAAAAAACGACAUUUUUUAUAAUUAUUUUUAAGUUAGCGAAAAAAAAAAACCAAAACGAAGCUAGUCCUUGUUUUUAACACAAAAAAAGUUAAGAAAACGAAACAAAACAACAUUAAUUUUAUGUUAAAUGUUUAAUAUAUUUUGUUUGUUUAAUUAAGUUUAUUUUAUUUUAAUAUAUUUUUUUUUAUUUACGAAAUAUAUGUGAUAUUUAACUUUCCUUUUAAAACAAUAAUACUACAAUAUUAAAGAACAACAAAACGAACGAACAAAUCCUUAGAAAAUGAAAUUAAUAAAUUGUCCAGUUAUUUAUUUUUAGUCAAUUAUGUUUUU